AUGGACGAUGCAUGGCUGCAUACGUUUGGCGCGGCUCCUGUCGCGAUGAAGGAGGCCCCGAUGCAAUCCCGCCGAAGAUCGCUGCUCGAACCCACCACGAUUGCGGGGGAGACAGUUCCGGGAACCACGUCCCCACUCCCCGAUCUCAAUGAGGAGAGCCACGUUGCUCACGAGCUUCCCGAAGCUAGACUGUCCCGACGCGCCCAAAGCUACAGUGAUCUGUACGAACUCGUGACCUCUCGUUACCCCAGCGGGAAGGCCGGCCUCGAUCCGAAGGAGGCCCUGCCAAAGCAUUUCGAGGAAGGCCACGCGGAUGAGACCAACGUCUCACACACCCUUGCAUUUGACGCGGAGUUUGCGGCAGUGGAAAGCACUCUGCUGGAUGAAAGCCAUGCCGUCUACGACACUUACCACGACCAGCUGCUCCUGUCGGAAACGCAUCUGGCCAACCUGCUUACGUCAACGCACGCUACGCUUGCCCUUUUGUCCUCGCUUUCGGACUCCUUCCGGUCCGUGGAAGUGCAGACGGAUGCAUUCCGCCAGCAGUGCGAAUCGCUCGUUGCGGAGCAGAAACGACUCGACACGCUCGCGGAUGCCCUGGAGGAGAAUGCACGCUACUACACCUAUCUGGAGCCCAUGACCCGGAGAUUGAAUGCCCCAGGAGCCGGCAAUCUGGUCAAAGGAAAAGACUUCCCCGACAUGCUGUCCAACCUGGAUAACUGCCUCGCGUACAUGGAAAGCCAUCCGAACCAAAAGGAAUCUGCUACGUAUCGGAGCCGAUAUCGCCUUCUACUGACGCGAGCAUUGACCCUGAUCCGGCAACACUUCACAAAGUCUCUUGCAGACAUUGCUGCCGACAUCAGCAAGCGAAUCCAGGCCGGACAGCUCAAGGACUCCACUCAGUCCGCACUGCUCUACGCCAAGUUCCGAGUCCCUGCGCCCGAGCUGAAAGCGCUCGGCGUGGAGAUACAGAAGCGUGCUGUCCCCACCCCAGACGAUGUCGAUGCGGGGCGUGAGCCCGAGUACUCCAGUCUACUGCGCGAAUUGUACGAAUCGUACUCCACCACCCGUGGCCGCCUCGUACUCCCUCUCGUCAGCAAGAAAAUGGCGGAAUUGGCGAGCACGCCGCAACAAUCCGACGUCCUCGCCUUCUCCAAAGCCGCUCUUGCCUUUAUGCGUGGCAUAUGUCUCGACGAGUACGAGCUAUGGUACGAGUGGUUUGAAACGGAUGGAGCCUUGUACGAAUUCUUGAGCAGCCUCAUGGAUCCGUUGGGAGAUUACUUGCAACCGAGGAUCAUUCGCGAGACCAAGCUCGAACGGCUGUGUGAGCUUUGUGCCGCGAUCCAAGGCCGCUACAUGGAUGUCGAUUCGGAUGAAGACGAGGACGAUGAUCAGAGCGUGUCUGCUACCGACCCUGUGCGUGAUGGUAGAACGCAUGGUCGCAAGCUCGAUUUUGGCAGUCUCGUACAGCCUGCGCUUCAGGAUGUGCAAACACGGCUGGUGUUUCUGGCGGUCAACGUGCUGAGAGACGGCAUUGAGAAUUACAAGGCCAAGCCGGAAGACUUGGACUGGCCGAAGCGAGGGGCAGUGAUAACGGCAGACGGCGGCAAGAAAGGGCCUGUGUUGUCUGGGAAGCGUGAGCCGGCCUUGCUAUCUCCCCAAGCCACCGAAACGCCAACUUCCACGGGCGAUGAUGCAGAGGAUGGCGAGAGCCUGUUUGAAAAGCGGUUAGGCGCUUCCUCCAGCGCACAGCACUGGUAUCCAACCCUCGUCAAAGCCAUCUGGCUCCUGCGACGCAUCUAUCGCCUAGUCAACAGCACCAUCUUCGACGACCUGGCCCACCGCAUCGUGCACUCCACAAUCUACUCCCUCAUCAGCGCAAGCCACCAAGUCGGCAACAAAAAGACGGUGCAAGACGGCCAGCUCUUCCUCAUCACUCACCUCCUUCACCUCAAACAGCAGAUCGUCGCCUUUGACAUCGAAUUCAUCCCGCCCGAAGUUGAGUUCGACUUCUCCUCCCUCACCAACACCUUCUACGAACUCCGCCACCGCGGCAGCUUAUGGAACCCCGCGAGCUGGGUGCGCCUCGUCGGCGGUGCAGUCGGCGGCGCCCUCAUCCCCAAAGUGGUGGAGAACAUGCUGGACGCCAAGGCGGAGCUCGACGGGCAGCUGAGGACGGUGAUCAACGAUUUUGUCAACGGAUACAGCAGUCACAUCAUGGCUCCGCUGGACCCAUCGAGCAUCGCUUCCGCCAAGACACAAGGCUCCUUCGACGCGCUGAAAGCUGUGCGUACCGUGCGGGGACUCGUAGAGAAGGAUGUGCCGGCGAUCCGCGCCAAGUUGUUGGAGUUUGUGGACGAUAUGCGCACGAGGGAGACGCUGGUUGCUGCUGUGCGGGACCAGGUGGUGAUGAGCUACGAGGACUUUUUCGAUACUGUGAGUGAGGGGACGGGCAAGAGGCUGAGUCGGAAGGGCAAGGGGCGGGAGGAUGAGGUGCUCGGGCCGGAGUUGUUUGGGGAGGCGAUGGAGAGGGUGUUUCAGGUUGGACAGAUUAUUGAGGAGGAGAGGGGCAGUGAGGCGGGGAGUGUCAGUGGGUGA